CUCCACCGUCGCUCCUCCCUCCCAACGUGCAAAUCAGCUCGGCGGCUUCGAGCACUCGAGCUUUGUCAAGCCUGAGGCAGAGGGAAAAAAUGCUUCUCUUGUGACGGCUAUGAUUGUUGCUGCAUUCCUAUAACCUGCUCGGUGAUGCGGAGGAUUAGCACAUUUUUGACGUUUUGGGCGCUCAGGAACGGCUUUGCAGAAACCGUCCAGUAAGGGGCAGGCGUACCUUUGUCUGUAUUUUAGCCGACAGAGUUCGGAGAGGGUGGUUUGAGGCUUGCAGAUAGGUGCUUUGGGGAUGUUUUAGAGGGUUUAGAUACGGAGAGGGGUUGGGUGUACUUGUUGGCGGAGAGUCAAGGGCUGCGGGUUGUGUUGGCAGGUUAUACCUUGGUGUGGGCAUCGAGGGACUGGGUGCGAGGCGCAGGGUUUGAUUCGUGGGUCCGAUGUGGGCGCUGUUCUGGAUGAGACGCCCUGGGAGGGGCAGCGCUGCGAAGUGUACCUUGAUCGCUCUAGCGUUCCUCCCUAGCUGAUUAAGACACGGACCUCCAACACAGACAUACCCACCCGUCCACGCUAGCGUGAAGUCGAAUAUAAAUCUCAGCCUUCAGAUUCACAUCAAUACUUCAAAGAACUAUACCAAUCAAAAACAUGCUGAGGGAAUCAAUGUUUGAGAGAGAAGCAUGCACAGUCACGACUGCAGAUUCUACUUCCUGAACGGCCGUCUCUGAUCUCACCACGCAAGCCUUUUUGUUCUCUGUUUCAGUCAAGCCGAUGGCUAGCUACCACAGUUGUGGUUUUCGUGUUGAGACUCCUGUAGUCCAUCAGGUGGGCAUUUGGCUCAGCUCAUCACAAUUGACGCUGCCAUCAGGCAGCCCUUGAUGUCACUCUUCGCCUCAUGAGGUAAGUUCCCCUAGUCGUCUCUCCACUCUUGGCCCGAUCCAGCGCAGUCUGGACUCAUUUGGCCCUCCUGAUUCAGCAGUGUAACGCCAGAUCUGUGCAUGGAGACUGGCGGCGGUGUUUCCGCGGCUGCAGAACCCUGUGCGGCGAGAAAGCAACGAAUUCGGAACUCUAAUAGAGUUCUUGGGAAACCCCUUUAGGAGAUCUGUCUGAAACAUUAGACAUCAGAUACGAGCUACUAGGAGAUAUUCGAAAGAACCCCGGAGCCUAGCUUCGUCCCAACGCCUACGGGCUGGAGGGAUCUGCAAUGAACUGCUGAGGAUCUCCUCCCAGUCUUUAAAGAGACAUGUCUGCGGUAUUUCGCUGAGGCCUUUGAGCUCCAGCAGAUGAGCACAAAACAUGUGACAGGAGUGAGACAUAGGGGCACAGUUCCGUUUUUACCCAUGAAGUGCUAUGCAACGCGGUUUAUUAGGCAGAUACGUAACCAGUUAACCAUAUUCAGAAGAUUAGUGUUGGUCAUUGUCCUUACAUGAAGGCUCAUAUCCGGAGGGCUGUUUCGCAUGUAGUAAGCAUAGGAGAGACACCUGGGAUAUAUUUUUCACGAUGAAGGUGUAGAUCACCAUGUCACAAGAUAAUAACUCAUUUGAAGGUUACGCAGGAAUGUCUUCGAGUUAACAAGUCUCCACAGAAGAGUUGGAUCAGGUUCAACUUUGCAGAUUUGACUUACCUAAAGCCUGCGCAUUUCGCUAUUUCAAUAGGCACGAUAACAGCUUUUGUCUCUGCUGAUGCAUUCCCAGCCAGUGAAUGGAAUCUUUACAGGCGUACAGUUCAUAUGCCAGGGUCUGCUUUAAUCUCAGCUCUACUUCUGUCUCGGAACGAAUUCUGUGACAGUGAGGUACACUGUUUAUUAUUUCUCAGCCCGAGUAGUCCACGUGUAGGGAUUUUAAUGAAGACAUCGGGAGUUGGAUAGGGUUUAUCUUGUAGCUAAACGAAAGGCCAAGGUAUAAAAGCCUUGAUAUAUUGCAUUACGCUUUUUAUCUCCUUAAACUUUCUCAAAUUCUCUCAGGCGGCCUCUUAUUUAUUUGAAGUUUGAAGAUGCGUUUCUUCCUCCUAUUUAUAUCUGUCCUCACAACAGAGUUGAUUGGGGUAGCCUCUGCAGCGACUCACAAUGAACAUUUUAUCCCAGAUGCAGUUCUCCGAGUCACCGAAGAGGAGAGAAAACAGUCUUGUGUGCCACUGAAAGAUAUUUUAGUUGUCAACGGUACCAGUCCAGGGCCAACCCUCAAAUUCACGGAAGGCAAGACGGUUUGGAUCAGAGUCUACAAUGAUAUUGCUCAUCAGAACCUUACGAUGCAUUGGCAUGGUCUUACUAUGGCAACAGCCCCAUUCUCUGAUGGAACUCCUCAGGCUUCCCAAUGGCCCAUUCCUCCUCACCAUUUCUUCGAUUAUGAGCUUCAUGUGCCAAUUGGUUAUGCGGGAACAUAUUUUUAUCAUUCGCACGUUGGUCUCCAGGCUAUCUCUGCUGCAGGGCCGUUAAUUAUCGAGGAUAAAGAUACCCCCCCGUAUAACUACGAUGAUGACCUUAUUAUUUUCCUACAAGACGUCUUCGAGUACAGCGAUGAAGUUCUAGAAGAAAAAUUGCUAGCUGUCCCUAUAGCAUAUCAAGGGUCUCAAGAAAUGGUACUUAUUAACGGGAAAGGAAGUGGUAUUGUUUCAUCAGAACUAGGCAAGCCAUGCGAUGAUUCAUUGUCUGUUAUUGAUGUUGAACCUGGGAAAACUUACAGAGUAAGGCUUAUUGGUGGAACUGCCUUAUCAUUUAAUCUUCUAGCUAUUGAGGGCCAUGAUACUAUUAAAGUGAUCGAAGCUGAUGGGGCCUACACUGAAAGGCAUGAGGUUUCACUUAUGCAAGUUAGCCCAGGCCAACGAUACAGUUUCCUUCUCGAUACCCUCGAAACGCCAGAUAAGCAAUACUACUAUAUACAGCUAGAGAGUCGCGAAUUUGGAAAUAAUACUCGGUCGUUUGCAGUCCUUAACUACGGUCCUCCGCAAACUGAGUCCUCUCCUCCAGUCUAUCCACCAGCUUCGCCUCCUAUCACCUUACCACAGACAGACCCUAAUUGGCUAGAGUACUCGCUUCGGCCCUACAAUGAUUCACAAAACCCUACUGCAUCAAUUAACGCACUUGAUUUCCCUACUGCAGAGGAAGUGACUCGAAGAGUUAAUAUCACUUCUUAUCUAGAUUUUCCCAACUAUGGCUUGCUCUACAAAAUAAAUGGCCAAACCUGGAAGGAGGAUCUUGUGCAGGAGCCUUUUCUUGUCAGCCUCUACAAGGAUGGCGGCUCCAACUGGCCGUCUAUGGAGCGUGCUCUUCAGCAUGAUGGUUUAGACCCAGUCACUUACGCUUUCCCAGCGGUUAUGGGAGAGGUGAUUGAGAUUGUGGUCCAAAGCACCGGGACUGCGUUUGGUACAACAGAGACGCAUCCAUGGCAUGCUCAUGGAGCCCAUUACUGGGAUUUGGGUUCUGGAGAGGGUGUAUACAAUCGCGAGGAAAAUGAAGCAAAAUGGCGUAGGUCUAUAGGACACCCCGUCAAGAGAGAUACGACAAACAUUUACAUGUAUGGCGGACAAGCACCGCCUGGAACACUCACAGCAUGGAGGGCUUGGAGACUUAGGAUUAAUCACCCAGGUGUUUGGAUGAUUCACUGCCAUAUUUUACCUCAUAUGGUGUGGGGCAUGAACUCUGUGAGUUUUUAUAUUUUGAGAGUAAUUAGGCAUCUUCAGAGAUACUACUAAUACGUUUAUUACAGGCUUGGGUUAUGGGAAACCAGACUGAAGUGCUCACAUUGAUUGACACACCAGAAGUGGAAGGAUACCUUACGUACGGAGGGAGCGUAGUUGGGAAUGAGACCCACCCCCCAGAGGUCGUUGAAUACUUCCCCCUUAGCGACUGGGAAGAUGGUCGAGUAGGCAAUGAAGACAAUUAAGCUUCCGGAUAGAAGCAGGUAGUCAGGAUGAUGUUGUCGAGAGCAACAGAGGGAAGGUAGGAAGUGAAGGCAAAUGUGUUCAAGCGAUGUGAUAAUGCUAGGCCUUAUUGUUUUCACAAAUAACAAAUGAUACUGAUUACUUGUUCUGGUGCUGACAAAAAACUGUCUUCCCCUAUUAAUUGGCUCCCAUGUUUUGAUGCUGUACGUCGCUGAUGGUAUUCGCUGGGAAUUAGGAUGUAGGCGGUCCGUCUCAUGAAGAAGACCAAGUUUGGAU